AUGCCGACACCCGAGUCUGAGCUCUUCAAGAGCCAAAAGCCCAAGGUCCCUCCGACAUUCAACGGCGUCGACUACGACGACACCAAGGCCUUCAAGGCGGCCGAGGACUCUAUCAUUCGAGAGCAAUGGGUGGGCGCGAUGAUGACACGCCUUGUCGGCGAGGAACUGGGCAAAUGCUACACGCGGGAGGGCGUCAACCACCUGGAGAACUGCGGUCAACUGCGAGAGAAAUACCUGCAACUGCUGGCGUCGAACAAGAUUAAGGGUACCAAGUUCCUGCAGCAAAACUACUUGGAGAAGAAGGACGAGGAGAUGGACUUGGAGGCCAAGGUGCACACGAGCAACAAGAUCAGCCGGCUCAACGAGGGCCGAUUUGCCUCAUGA